UAAACAUUUCAUCAUCGUGGCUCUUGGCAAACACUGGGCAGAAUAAAGUGCAAGUCCUCACAACAGAAAGCCCCCCAGCGUGGACUUUUAGUUUUUUGUGGUUUCGAGGGCAGCACACGCAGAGGAAUCGCCCCACACUUCUGUGAAAAGGAUUGAAUUUACGAGAUGCUCCAUUCAGAAGGCGCAGCUGUGUUUUUUGUCAUUUUUGUUCAUCUACUUGCAGCAGAAAAUUCCUGUCCUGAACUGAAAUUAUUGGGUCUCAAUGAUAAGGACAAAGUUGCCAUCUUGCAAGGCUGUCCCGGUCAUCCUGGAGUCCAAGGCAGUAAAGGAGAGCCAGGUGCCCCCGGGAUGCCAGGUGUAAAAGGAGAUCAAGGACCAAUUGGAAAGGCUGGACCUCAAGGUGCUAAAGGAGAGCCAGGAGUUGCAGGACCCCAAGGACUUAACGGGGCGCAGGACUGCAAGCAGCUGCUGGACCUCGGGAACACGCUGAGCGGCUGGUACACCGUGUACCCACGGAACGGGAAGCCCCUUAGUGUCUUCUGUGACAUGGACACCGAUGGCGGAGGCUGGAUCGUGUUUCAGAGACGAAUGGAUGGCUCGGUGGACUUCUUCCGUAGCUGGAUCGAAUAUAAAAGGGGCUUCGGCAACAGGCUUUCUGAGUUCUGGCUGGGCAAUGACAACCUCCACACCUUGACCUCCACAGGUUCAUUUGAACUCCGAGUAGAUUUCCAGGACUUUGACCAUGCUGCAACUUUUGCCAAAUUCAACGGAUUUCAAAUCCUUGGCGAGGAGGAAAAGUAUCGACUAACUGUGGGUGGCUUUACGGACGGCUCUGCAGGCGACUCCUUCACUGGCCACAACAACCUGCUGUUCUCCACCAAGGACCAGGAUAACGACAAGUGCGCCUGCAACUGCUCCGAAGCGUACAAAGGUGGCUGGUGGUACGGAGAAUGUCACUCCUGCAAUCUGAACGGCCUCUACCUGCGAGGGCAACACGAGAGCUAUGCCAACGGAGUCAACUGGCAUUCGGGCAAAGGGCAUCACUAUUCGUACAAAAGCACCGAGAUGAAAUUUAGGCCGCGGUAAGGUCCAUACGCUUUCUAAAAAAAAAAAAGAACCCAACACGUGACAUACGGGGGGACUUGAAGUGACUCGAGAAAGAUGUCCACUGCCCCCCCACACCUGCUGUUGCUUCUACAUGUUCAUGGUCCACAUGAGAAGACCACUCAAUCCUGUCCCUGUGCUUCAUUAAGUUUUGUAUGCCACCCAAUACUUCAUAUUCUGUUAAAUAAACAUGGCAGUUGACUUAA